UUGGAGGCGCGGGUUUGGAAAUAAGGCCUAAGUUAGGUUGGGUGCUGGUGAGCUGGUGGGACGGUGGUUUCCAGGUCUCUGUCCAGUUCACAAAGGAUUCGCUCGUUUUGACUUUCGGUUCUCUGCAGCGUGAGGGGCGUCGCCUCACAGUGAUACCGUGAGGAGCGUUCCUAGAGGAGCAUCGAGGAUGGGUGUGGUGGAGGCGAGGACACCGACUAAAACUGGAUGCGCUGUUCCUUCGCACUUUCGAAUUUAACUCGGCGUGAGCGGCGCGGUUUUCCCGGCAUCUGGUGGUCCCGACACGUUGUGGGUGGUAUUCACUUGUCCAGACGCCGCUCGCUGCAAUUCAGGACGAGAAAAAGCAUCGUGUUGAGCGUUUUUCUUGGAGGAGAAUUUAGCAGUAGAAAAAAAAUGUCUAUUUUCCCUAGAAUAUCUUUGAGACUUGAGGUGGAAAAUUAUCUUAAAGAGGGCUUUAUGAAUAAGGAGGUUGUGUUGGCUUUUGGUAAACAAGAAGCAGAAAAGAAGUUUGAAACUCUGUUAAAUCACUUGUCACACCCUCCAUCAUUCACAACUGUCAGAGUUAAUACACAUCUGGCCUCAGUGCAACAUGUGAAAGCUCUGUUAUUUGAUGAACUUCAGAAGCAGUUUAAUGGAUUAAGUGUUCCUAUUCUUCAGCAUCCAGACCUUCAGGAUGUCUUACUCAUUCCUGUUAUUGGACCUAGGAAGAAUAUAAAAAAACAGCAAUGCGAAGUCAUUGUUGGAGCCCAGUGUGGCAACGCUGUAUUAAGAGGAGCCCAUGUCUAUGUUCCAGGAAUUGCGUCAGCUUCAAAAUUUAUGAAAGCUGGAGAUGUUGUUUCUGUAUACUCUGAUAUUAAAGGCAAAUGUAAGAAAGGAGCCAAAGAAUUCGAUGGAACAAAAGUAUUUCUUGGAAACGGGAUUUCUGAAUUAAGCCGCAAAGAAAUCUUCAGUGGGCUACCUGAGCUGAAAGGUAUAGGCAUAAGAAUGACAGAACCAUUAUAUCUCAGCCCCUCAUUUGACAGUGUACUGUCCAGCUACUUAUUUUUACAGAAUUUGCCAUCUGCUGUAGUAACUCAUGUUCUGGAUCCUCAACCUGGAGAGAAGAUUUUAGAUUUGUGUGCAGCACCUGGAGGCAAAACAACGCACAUUGCAGCACUAAUGCAUGACCAGGGAGAAGUAAUAGCACUGGAUAAAAUAGCCAACAAAGUAAACAAAAUAAAGCAGAAUGCUUUAUUAUUAGGGCUGAAUUCCAUCAGGGCUUUUUGCUUUGAUGGAACAAAGGCGCUUAAACUUGAUAUGGCUGAGGACACAGAAGGAGAGCCUCCAUUCUUACCAGAAUCUUUUGACCGAAUUCUUCUUGAUGCGCCUUGCAGUGGAAUGGGUCAGAGACCCAACAUGGCUUGUUCUUGGACUUUGAAGGAAGUGACAUCGUAUCAGCCAUUGCAGCGCAAACUCUUUACUGUGGCAGUGAAGCUGCUAAAGCCAGGGGGAGUGCUGGUGUAUAGCACGUGCACAGUCACACUAGCAGAAAAUGAAGAACAAGUGGCGUGGGCCCUCACAACAUUUCCCUUUCUUCAGCUUCAGUCCCAGGAACCACAGAUUGGAGGAGAAGGCAUGAUGGGAGCUGGCCUGUCAUUUGAACAAUUGAAACAGCUGCAGCGAUUUGAUCCAUCUGUUGUGCCAUUGCAGGACAUGAACAUUGAUUCUCUCAGAGAGGCCAGAGUAGAAGACAUAGUUUGGAUGGCAAAUAAGGAUUGUAUAGGUUUUUUUAUUGCAAAAUUUGUAAAAUGCAAAAGCAUACAGGAGGACAAUCCUUAGAAAUGAAAAUUCCAAACAUUUGCUCUGUGUGUGUGCUUUUUAACUUAAAAACCAGUCUGUUGUCAGGCCAAGUGAUUGAUGGCAUUGUUGCUAAGGAAACAGAAGAGGCUGCCAGCUGUUUUACCAAGGAUCAAAAGACGCAGAGGAAGUAAUCAUGAGAGUGGUCCGAGGUUAUAUUUUGUAAUUUCAAAAUAACUUUUCCUUUUGAAUUUAGCAGAGUUUGAAGAAAAGUAGAUGCCUAUAGAUAUCUGAAACAUUUUUAUUUGGGGUUUUCUGUUUUAAUUUGUAAAAAAUGCAAGUAAUUUAUAAUGGUAAUCAGUGACUCUAACAAGGGAAAAAAUUAGCAAUAUUUAAUUUGAGUAUAAAAAAUAACUAGUUUUCAUUCCUGAGUGCCUAAGUAGUUCCUUAAGAACUCAGGGUAUGGGAAGUAUGACAUUUA